GGUACGCAGACACGCUUCGCGUACGUGAUUUGAGCUGGGUUGCUGCGUGGACGCAUUUGGUGCCAGUCCGUGCAAUGCUUCUUGCGUGCACAAAAUACAUAAAACACUUUACACUGUAGCAUCCUGGGAAAAAUAAUCUGAUUAGCACAUGUGUUGUGUUCCAUGAUAAGUGUCUCUCUAGCACGAAUGUAAAUUGUCACUGUUUAUUCACUAGAGCGUUAACAAUUCACACAACUGAAGUUUGUCACACUGUUUGAAAACUGUUCCCGGUUUGAAUGACCACAACAAACGUGUCUCAACACUAUCUGUUACACUUAUUUAGUGCGGUUAUACGCGUGUUUUUAAUCAGGCAUUUAUUAAACGUCUCUGCUAACACAGUUUAUUCGUAGCACUAUAGAGUCACAUCGUGUGGAAUUGCAGUUCUAUGUGUUGUCGAUAACAUAUCGUCCCAACAAUGUUUUUAUCGAAGUUAGUCACAGUUUGUGCCUUAAAAGUAGCGUUUCUCUAUGCUGCACUUCGCUAUAUUGCUUCGGGUGUGUGUAAAAGUGUAUCACCCAUGGGAUUAGGGCACAAGAAUAGGCUGAAGACGUCGAUUCAUCUCUCAUCGGAUGCUAUACACAGCCCAAAACCGAUUCAUGGAUCCCAAGGAUGGCGUGGCCACAGCAGCCGCCAGAGGGUAUCAUCACGACACCACGGGACGACCCCAUGGAGAUGGAGCCUUCAUCUCCUCUGCCUCCGCUCAUCAUACCGAUGGAGCUGGACCCACCCACACCGCAGCAGCCGACACCUUCCUCAUCUGGUUAUUGGCUUGCACAGAUCAAGGGUCUGCCACCAGUUUCUUCACCCAUGGGGAUCCUCAUAAAACGCACUGUUGCAGUCAUCGACAGUGUUUGCUACAGCAGUGAGGAGCAAUGGUGUCUGUUGUUUGGUCUCCUUAAUCAGCACACCACUGUGCCUACACGCAAGGCUCGGAGUUCUGUGGAAUUGGAAUUUCAAGAGCAUAAAUAUAAUGGAGCAAGAUAAAUAAAAGAAAUC